UCGAGGGAUGCAAAUAAUCAGAUGUAUCCAGUGGCUUGUGCAGUGGUAGAAGCAGAAGUCAAAGACAGUUGGACUUGGUUUUUAGAGACUUUGCUAUCGGAUCUUGGCGCCCCCCCUGCAGAGGGAUGGACAUUUAUUUCUGAUCGUCAGAAGGGUCUGGUCCCGAGUUUGGAAGUGGUGGCUCCCGGUGCUGAGCAUCGGAUUUGUUGUAGACAUUUGUAUGCAAACUACAGAGAUGUAGGUCACAGAGGUUUGGCAUUGAAGGAGAAGCUCUGGAGCGCGGCUGCCGCUUACACAGAGGCUGAGUGGUCUAUACAAAUGGACGAACUAAAGCGGAUAAGUCCGGAUGCGUAUGAUUACCUGUCCAAGAUUGACCCAAGUACGUGGACAAGGGCUUGGUUCAGUACCUUCCCUAAGUGCGAUUUAGUUGUGAACAACCUCUCAGAAUGUUUCAAUGCUUGGAUUGUGAAACAGCGUGAUCUACCAAUAAUAUCGUUGAUGGAAAUGUUGAGAAUAAAAUUGAUGAAGAGAUACCAAAAAAAGCGAGAAGGCAUUACAAAAAUGGAUGGCAGGAUUUGUCCAAAAAUUUUGGAACGGUUAGAUGAACUCUCACAAGAUGCUUCUCAUUGCAAUUGCGUGUAUGCUGGGGAUGGGUUUUUUGAAGUGACAGACAAACAGAAACAACAUGUGGUUAACUUGGUUAGAAGAACAUGUGGGUGUAGACAAUGGGACAUGACGGGAAUCCCAUGUGCACACGCAAUAUGUGCAAUAUGGAAAGAUAGUGCAGACCCUGUUGACUAUGUUUCUGAUUGGUAUACUGUGGAUAUGCUGAAAAAGGCAUAUGAACAUGUCGUGUAUCCCAUGCCUAGUGAAGAACAGUGGACUAAGACAAAUGGCGUGCAUGUAGACCCACCAGUGGUUAGAAUACAACCUGGAAGGCCGAGAGUAGUGAGGACCAGAGGACCAGAGGAGCCCAAAAAUCAAUACAGGAUAAGGAAGGGUGGGGUUACUAUGAGAUGUUCCAGAUGUAGGGGUACUGGACAUAACCUAAGAACAUGUCCCCGCAUAAGAAUAGAAGCAGUUAAUUAUAGAGGACCUCGUAGGAGUGAGGUGCAAUCUACUGAACCGAAUCACCAUUCUACAGUUGAUUCUGAACCGCCCUCAAUUGUCCAUCACACCCCACAAACCACUGUUGCAUCAUUGUCUAGAGGAAGGGGUAAGGGAAGGGGUAGGGGUAGAGGUAGAGGUAGAGGAACUGGUCAGUCACAGCCACAACCACAGCCACAUACUCUGCAUCAACCGCAGCCUUCGCCUCAUGCCAAUGCUUGGUUUCCAAGUACCGUCAACACGGUCCGGGGGUAUGGACCGCAUUCGCAGUCACAGCCUCGGACCCAUGCCAAUGUUAUUUCUCAAGGAACUGUGAACACAGUAAGGAUGUAUGGACCCUCGUCAGUACAGCCGCAUUCUCAGUCACAACCUCAGCCUCAGACUAAUGCUUUUUCUCAUGGUAAUGUCAACACAGUUAGAUUAUAUGGACCCCCUACACCAUCACAGUCACAGUCACAGCCAACAACUAUUUUUCAAGGUACUGUCAACACUGUCAGAUUGUAUGGACCCCCUACACCAUUAGGGAACUCUCAGCCAGGAGGGUCUACUCAGCCAACAGUGUCUUCUCAGCCAUUCAACCCAAUUUCAUCAAAGCCUGUUACUAGAAGUCAAAAGAUUAUUCCAACAGUGGAGAAGGCAAUUGGCGUACUUGAGGCCAAUCAGAGAAAGAGGAAGAAGCCGGAAUGGCAAAAAUAUUAG